GAAACUAGUCAACGUGCUGGAAGCUGUUUUCAAGCCUGAAGUUCUCUGAUCCAGAGCAGUCUUUCUACAAACAUGCUGGAGUCCAGCCGCUGAGGGACACGUUGAAACUACAGCUAACACCUGCUGAUGAAGGAAUGAACACAGACCAGGAAGAAGAAAUGAGUCAUUUAAAAGAAGAGAACAAAAGAGGCAAAGGGCUGGAUGCUGUUUUUAAUCCUCCAAAUCUCUCCUACAGAACAGCUGAACCUGUCGGCCACCGUGUUUAAGAGCGUCCGUGACACAAACACUCGACUCAUCAAGAAGGCCAAAGGGAAGUCGGGGAAGGAGAUAAUGAUGAUGAUGAAAUCUGGACAAACCGGCAAUGGUUCAUCAUGGCAUCCCUGAAAUUCAUGGAUAAGGUGGUUCAUCAUCAGCAGAAACCAGUCAGAAGUGUGGAGGCUGUUAUCCUUGAGCACUCGAGUAUCUUGGAUGCUGCUGAAGCUGCUGCUGCACAGGAGGCCGUGGACGUAGACUCUGAAGGCGAACUGAGGACUUCCACUUCAGCUGGUCCAAGAAGGCGAAGUAUCAAAGAAGGUGAGAUGGACCGAAUGUUACUGCUAAUGCAGGAACGAGCGGAGGAGAGUCGGGCCCGCAUGGAAGAACUGCAAAAGUGUAAAGAGCAGCACCCCAGCACAGCUAGGAACGCCUUCACAGCCUAUGUCCGGGACUCCUUAAACACCAUGUCGGAAUGGAGCUACAGAAAAGCAAAGGAGGAAAUCUGCCGGGUGUUGACAAAAUAUGAAAAUGGGGCUGAAGAGGAUCGGGUCAAGCAACAACAGAAGUUCCAACAGCAACCACCUCACCACCACACAAAGCCACGACACACUGUCCUGCCUGUCCGAGGACCGCAGCCGCUCCUGUCCUGUCUUUCUACAAACAUGUCUGAAGUCCAGCAGGUGGGGGACACGUUGAAACUGCAGCUAACACCUGCUGAUGAAGGAAUGAUCACAGACCAGGAAGAAGAAAUGUGUCAUUUAAAAGAAGAGAACAAAAGAGGUAAAGGGCUGGAUGCUGUUUUUAAUCAGGUUUGUUCACUCAGCUUUGUUUGUGUUACUGAUACUUUAUAACAUGUUGUAACAGUCAAAUAUUUUCCUUCUCUGGUAUUCCUCCAGAGAUUCUGUCAAUACUUGCACAACAGGAUGAGGAGGAUUUUGAUGAAAGAUGCAUGUAAAAUUUCUCCAUAGUUUGUAAAAUCUCUGGUUAAUUUCUUACUGAAGGAAAGUGACGUCACCACCUUCAAUGUUUCGUCUUCCUUUGUCCAAGAUCAGCAGGGACUUUGAAUUUAGAAAUGAACAAAGGUAACUGAAAGGAUUCUGGUGGUAGUGAUUUGUGUAUUUUGACAUGUAGAGGUUUGGUUUAUUUUGAUCCAACAUUUGGCACUAAAAGGUGAACAUCAGUAACCUGUUGUACACGAGUAAGAGCAGCUCUGGUUAUGAGCAGACCAAGAAUAAUCUUUACACCCAGAAUUUAAUCAUCACUGCAAUAUUAAUUCAAAUCAACAUGACUUCAAUGAAUAAAAUCCAUUAUUUUCUACAGUGUCCAUGAACAACAUAAACAAGGGAACUUUUCCUUGGUAACUUGGUACCAUUAAUAACCAGCUUUACUACCAGACGUGACAUGUUGACCUGAAUAGUGUAAAUGUGGAAGUGUGCAGAAAUGUGGGUUUGAAAAAGACAAAGAGAGGUUGUGAUGGAAGUCUGGUCCCAGAAACAGUCUUUGUAAACAGAACUAUCUUUGGUUUUGUGACAUCAGGUCACCGGCCGAUGAAGCCAACAGGACCACAUCAUCUGCAAAAAGCAGUGAUGAGACCCUGAGCCCACCAAACUGGAAACCCUCCU